AUGAUCAUUGAAAAAAAAAGGAUAAUUCAAUCAGGCACAUUCGAUGUGGAAGCGUUUCGCAAACAUUCGUUCUACGCACCUUGGAGCAAAGCGUCGAGAUUCAUGAACGAGAAGCUGAGAUUCGUGACGAAAUACAUUCCUCUGACACCGGGACCACCAGGUCCACCUGGACCUCCAGGGCUCAUGGGACCUAUGGGACCGACUGGACCGGAUGGGCCAGACGGGCCCGCGGGUCCUACAGGCAUAACAGGCCCCCCUGGUCCUCCUGGAAUGGACGGCAAGAACGGCGAGAAUGGCAUGAACGGCGUACCUGGUGCGAACGGCAAGCCUGGAGCAGUUGGACCAAGCGGCUUCCCUGGGACGACUGGCCCAACAGGUGCCCCUGGUGUGCCGGGGGCAAAUUCCACCGGCACCACCACCACCAGCAACGCAACAGCUGGCGGUGGAGGAGGGGGUGGUGGUGGAGGCAGCAUCAUCAAUGGAACUACAGGAGGCGGUGGUGGCGGGGGCGGCGGUGGUCGGUCUUUGAAUUUAUUCAUCGUCCCAAUUGAUCCGCCAACAUCCGAUGGUGCCUGCCAGUCUGGCGGUAGGAUCAGUGCAAGCCCGUACGAUGAUGUAGAAGAGGAUGGCCACCGUUCUGUACCCGAAGACGCGCCAUCUAACGGUCGCGAUCAUAACCAAUUGGAGCCUUGGUAUCAAGCUUCCAGAUACGUCAGUGAAAAGCUGCGAAUCUUUAAGAAAUACAUCGCCAUCUCACCGGGACCACCUGGUCCUCCAGGCUCUCCGGGACCCAAUGGGCCUACAGGUCCUAUUGGUCCUAGUGGACGCACAGGUCCAACUGGCGCUGCUGGUGAUGCAGGAGAACCUGGUCUAAAGGGCGUCAACGGAACAGACGGUCAGGCGGGCCAAAAAGGUGUCAACGGAACAGCCGGUGUUGACGGUGUCAUUGGUGCUCCUGGUUCCAACGGUACCAACGGCGCACCUGGUGUACCCGGUGCUAACGGAGCACCGGCUGGAGGUGGUGGAUCCUCCUCUUCGUCCGCGGCCGGGGGAGGCGGUGGAGGUGGCGGAGGAGGCGGCCGUUCAUUUAGCGCCCGUCCUUUUCAAUCGGAUCGACCUGUUGGGCCACCAUCGCCCUACUCGAACGAUCCUUAUGGUCCGAUCGAUAGAUUGCUGGAACGCGGAGAGAGGGCGUUAGUUGACCUACUUCACAGGGAUUACGCAUGGCAACCGUGGUACAAGGCGGGAACAUACGUCGCCAGUAAACUCAGGUUCUUCCAAACUUAUUUUCCAAUCUCGGGACCUCCAGGUCCUCCGGGACCGCCUGGUACACCAGGUCAAAUGGGACCUCCAGGGCUACAGGGGUCAACAGGCACCACGGGACCAAAGGGUGCUAAGGGAGCUCAGGGGCCUACUGGCCCACCAGGCAAUGACGGCAUACCAGGCGUUCCUGGAGCUAAUGGCGCCGCAGGUACCCCUGGCGCUGCAGGACCACCCGGACCAGACGGCGUACCCGGUGUACCUGGACCACCAGGUGUACCAGGUACGCCUGGCCUCGGUGGAGGAGGAGGAUCUUCGUCUUCAUCCGCAGCAGGAGGAGGCGGUGGAGGCGGCGGUGGCGGUGCCGGCCGAGCUUUUGUGUACCCCGAUUACACAUACAUCUAA